GAAUUCGGGGUUUAAUUCCAGCCAUGAUACUUGAAAAACUUGAGGAAGAAGUAUCAAAGAGACGAGGAAAAGAUGUUCGAAUUGCUGAUAUGUUUGAUAUUGUAGCUGGUACUUCAACAGGUUCUAUUAUUUCUUUGGGGCUCACGGUGUCAGAUGGGGCUGAAAAUCCUCGUCCAAAGUAUCGGGCGUCUGAUCUGGUAAAACUUUAUAAUGAAGAGGGGGAGAAGUUUUUUGGCCCAGUUUCCCGUUGGUCUUGGGUUAGAUGGUUGAAUAAGCUAUCUGAGGAACCAGAACCGGAAGAUAAGACAAAACAAAAGCCUGCAGUUGAUAUAUUUUAUCCUACAUAUUUUAGGGAACAAACUGAGAUUUUGGGACCAUAG